AUGAAGCACAUGCCUAGAGCUCAGAACCAGAUAGCUGAUGCUCUAGCCACGCUGGCAUCCUUAUGGGAGAAGGGUGAUCAGAAGCUGACCCAGCUAGUUAUCUUGAUGAGGAGUAGAAUCCCAUGCUAUGAAGGGUUAAUAAUAGCACAUUUAGAUCUAGAAGAUGAGAUGAAAUGGUAUGAGGACAUAAGAAGAUAUUUAGAGGUAAGAGAAUACCCACAGUCAGCCAAUAAUAGGGAUAGAGCUACAAUUCGUAGAUUAGCCACUCAGUUCACUUUGGCUGGGGGGCAACUCUACAAAAGGUUCUUCGAAGGACUAUUGCUCUUGUGUGUGACGAAAAAGCAGUCUGAGCAGAUAAUGGAGGAAGUACAUGCAGGAGUGUGUGGUCCUUACAUGAACGGAAGGGUAUUAGCAGCAAAUAGGAACAAGCCAAUCAAUGGUUCUUCUGGAGUUCUAUCAAUUAACCAAUAUGGGAACCUCAUUCUCUAUAGCAGCCACGAAAUGAAAGUUCCAGUGUGGUCUACAAAUAUUUCAAUGGAAGUGACAUAUACUUGUGUAGCUCAGCUCUUGGAAUCAGGAAAUUUCGUUUUGGUUGAAGAUAGAAGCAAAAGAAUUCUAUGGCAAAGCUUUGAUUAUCCUACAGAUACUAACCUUCCAGGAAUGAAACUUGGCUUGAACCAGAAGACAGGUAUUCGCAGGUUCCUCAGUUCAUGGAAAUCAAAGGAUGACCCAGCAAGUGGAGACUAUUUGGUUGAGGUCAACCCAACAGGAUCACCACAAAUCUUUCUCUACAAGGGCACAAAGAGUUAUCGGCGAGGCAUCCCGUGGCCGUUGAGAAGUUAUGUGGAUUUAUUAAACUACAGUUUUAUCAACAGUGAAGAUGAGAUUUUCACCUCCUACUCUGUUGUUGAUACUUCUGUUAUUGUAAGGAUAGUAUUAGAUUAUUCAGGAAUGAUGAGACACCAGAUAUGGCGUGAAAAGGAUGGCAAAUGGAAAGAAUACUGGUCAGGACCUAAGUAUCAGUGUGAUACAUAUGCACAUUGUGGUGCCUAUGGUAAGUGUAAUCCUGACCGAUUUAAUGUUAGAUUUGAAUGUGAUUGUUUACCUGGGUAUGAACCAAAAUCCUCAAAGGACUGGAAUAUUCUGAAAGAUGCGUCAGGUGGGUGUGUCAGAAAGCGGCUAGAGUCCUCUUCCGUAUGUGAUAAUGGAGAAGGAUUUGUGAAAGUGGAAGAUGUUAAGGUUCCUGAUACUUCAGUAGCAGCUUGGGUGGCCAUGGACAUGACUGCUAUAGACUGUGAAAAGGAAUGCAGGAGGAAUUGUUCAUGUUCUGCAUAUGUAAGCAUAGACAUCCCAGGAAGAGGGAGUACUGGUUGUCUGGCUUGGUUUGGAGAAUCAAUGGACACAGUAUACCUUGCGGAUGACGGAUAUGAUAUUUAUGUUCGAGUUGAUUCACUUGAAUUAGGUACUUACUACUUUCUUGGAACUAAUUUUUAA